AUGGCAGCUGGGGCAUGCGGUGAGCAUGUUUGGGAUGAUGCGUGGCAUGAAGCUCCAUUCCGAGCAGAGGACGAAGAGGUGAAGGACGAAGAGGUGCAGGAGAAUGCGUCGGCAAGUGCAGACCAAAUCCCAGAUGUCGAAAGCUGCGAGCAAUGGGAUGAAGCUUUGGAACCAAAAUGCGAACUGGACCCCUAUCUCGCCGACCGCGCCGGCACGAAGGAUGAAGAGGCCGAGCCUUCAACAGAUGGCCUGACACUUCUCACGGGCGAGCUUCUUUCCUGCUUACAUGGCACAGAGAAGAACCCACUGGGCUCGCAGUGCCCGCAGGUCGAAGCUGAUAAUGCAGCAGUUCUCGCAGCCUCGAGACGGCUUUGGCAGCUCGGGGCCCUCGAACCCGGAGAGCUCUACGGCCAAGUGCAGCUCACGGCCCUAGGAACCUGGAUGGCCACUGCGAGGGCGCGUAUAGCGCCCUCGGAGCUUCCGUCGCUGUCGCCGGCAGUGUUACGGGCCCUCUUUUUUGGCUCGGCCUGGAAAUGCCUCGUGCCCGUCGCGGCUGCGAUCGUCUUGCUACAACCGCUGCCUGGCGGCUUGACACCAAACAAGGAUUUGAGAAAGCUUUGGCAAAAGGUUCGGAAGACACCUUCUUCCGGCUUGCAGACGUGCUGGUCGGGGCACUUUGUCAUGGUGGCUGCUUACUUGAAGUGGAGGGAGUGGAAGGCCCACGACCAGGAGAGACAUCGUAAAGGUGAUGUCGUCUGGGAAGCGCUGGAUGCCAGAGUCGUGGCAAUGUGCCGGUAUGCCAACGCUGCUUUUGGGUAUUGUGGCGAUGAUGUAGCUGCGGUUCUGGAUGGAGAGACGAACAUGCAACAAACUGCAUCAACAGGAAGAGCGUGGACAGUGCAAGCCAUGCUGGGCGAUGGCGACGGCAGGCGGGAGUGCGUUCUGGCCGCUCUCUGCGCUGCUCUGGUCCCCCGUCCCGGCGAUGGCUGGCGUUUGCAUGGCGAGGCCAUCGACGGCUUCGAAGUAGAGGUGGAGUCAACGGUGAGCAGUGCUCAUGCCUGCAUUUUCGGGGCAAGUGCACCACAGAGGGUUUCCGAGAAGGAGGUGGAGUUUGCCGGCACCCAGUGGCAACUGAAGCCUGGUCUUGAGGAGUCUCUUGCGGAGGUUCAUAAGAUUCGUUCUCAGCUUUCCUCGCAGACAGAGGCGAUGCUGCAGAGGCUUGCAAUUGGCGGCGAAGGGAAGGACGGAACGGACGGAAGGCAAAAAACGCGAAACCCCGACUUUGGCUUCUCCGAGGAGCUGAUCUCUGAGGCUCUUGGGUUCCUGGCCUCACCGCGAGGGGACUUCCUUUCUCGCCCAGAGUCAGAGGAGUCGGAGUCUGCAGUGAUGCCGGAGGGUGCCGCUGAGGAAGUGGGACUUGGCGUUCUCACGCUUCUGGGUCGAGCAGAGGCCGGGAGCCUAUGUGGAGGCCAGGACCAAACCCUGCGAAAGCGCCGCGGCUACAAGGACGCCUUGAGCGGAAGGAUGGUGCCUGCAAAGCCGCUGCUAUGGCAAGGAAGCGGUGCAAGCAGUGGCGGCGUCAAGGAAGAGCUUCCGGAAUCGAUGAAGGAGAGGCGGAGGGAGAAACUGGAGAGGCCCGAAGCAGGGGCACCCGAGGUGAGCGAGGAGCGCUGUCUGGAGGACUGGGCGACGGGUCUGGUGCAAGCCGCCCUUCUGGCAGCGCUGAAGCGCCGGGCCGCUGCUGCGGAGCGCUUCGACGUGGCAGCGACGCUGAAGCAGCGGGAGCUCGGUGCCGAGGCCGCAGCAGCCGCCGGCCGCACUCGGGCGUUCAGGCUGUUGAGUGCGCCGAAGCUGGCCUCUGUGGAGCAGCUCAAGGAGCGAAAGCGGAAAGCCGUGGAGCUGGAGGACUAUGAGCUUGCCGGGUCUCUCAAGCGUGAGGUCCUGACUUUAGAGGCUGAGAUCCAGGCAAUGGCGCAAGAUACGGCCCAGAUGCAAGAAAGGGUGCGAGAACAGGCCGUGCGCUUGGCUGCGGCGAUGCUUGGCUUCAAAGGGCCGACGCGAAGCGAGCAUGCAAAGGCGGACGCGACGGGAGAUGAGGUUCCGAACACGGAUCCAGAGCGAUCCGACGGACCUUUGGAGGGACCUGAGGGAUCACGUUCAAGGGCUGGUACCUACAAUGACGAUGUUUUGACGUUCACAGGAGCCUUCAAGAUGAUCACGUUCCGGAAGCCGUGUGCCUGUGAGGCCUGCGAUCCGAAGGAGCUAGUCGAGAGGCGGAGGCCCCUGCUGGACCUCACCGGCGACGCCCUUCCAAGCUUUGGCAGGUCCUCCUCCUCGCCGCAGCUCAGAACAGAAAGAGCCCCUUCGAGCCGCACCCGAUCGCUUUCUCCGCGGGCCGGCGCGGCCCGUGCGGCGCCUCUUCGCUCUGCGCCGGUUUAUUGCGACUGGAGUUCCCUCUACGUUCUUCAUGGCCAACCGGGCAUUCUACAAGCUCAGGCUUUGCGCCGGCUCCGAGAUCACCAGGAGGACACUUUGCUCCAACACGGGGCGUCGCGUUCGCCUACCGUUUGGGAAUCGCCGUCCUCGCGCAGUGCGGGCAAGAGCUGCGCUUACCAGGCGACCGCCCACAGGAAGGAGGAGCUUCAACGUCCGAGCCCCACACCGCGGACUCCUCGCGCGAAGUCGGCAGCAACUUUGCGGCGACAGCAAAGCGCUCCAAGCAUCAGGCGACUGUCAGUCGCAUCCCUUCAUGAGCGCGGGACGACGGGACGCGCCCUUCUUCGAAAGGAGCCCGCUCGUAGCUGCUCCGCUCGCCGACGCUGCGAGGGUCAGGCGGAGGAGCCGGCUCAGGCUCUGUUGGAGGAGGAGAAGCGAGAUGUGACAAAGCUUCCAUUUACUUUCGAGACCAUGUUCGGUGCGACAGGCGAAGAAGUCUCACUGGAGAAUCGGGAGACCGUUGAAGCCAUCCUCAUGGACUUGCACUCUGUGGCACAUCCUCUCUGUGAGCACUUUCGAAUCAGGUAUGACUUCCUGCUGGAGCAGCACUGCCAGGAGCGAAAGGCAGGGGUGGCGCGCAGGACGCCCAAGUGGAUGGGGGGUGAGGAGCGCUACCUCACGACUGUUCGUUUGCGGGUGCGCAGGCAUCCUGCCAAGGGUGAUCCGCAAAAGGACUUCAUUGGAAGAGGUGCUCAGAUUGCAGUCCUUCUCCACGAGCUUGCACAUCUCCGGCACAUGAACCAUGGUGAGGAGUUCAUGUUCUUCCUGAAGGACAUCUUCAUGGAAGCCGCGCGGCGGAAGUUGCUAGAUCCGAAACUGUCGAACGAGUUGCCAUCCUGCCGUGCUUGGGAGAACCUGAUCUAUCAGACAGGUGGGGAUGUCGCAGAGGAGGAGUUGAUGCGGCUCUUUGACCCCAGCGGGGAUCCCACCAGCUGCGCCACGCCGAGGAACGGCCCUCCUGACCUUGCUCCAGAGAUCUCAGGGAUUCCGAGAUCUGCUAGCCAGACGGGCUUUGGCGGUUUGGGGCAUACAGAAGAGGAAGGGGCCAAAGAGGUCCGGCUGGAAGGAUCAGACAACGUCUCGGAUUCAGCUGUUCCGAAUCCGGAUGACCGGCAAAAAAACCUGCAAGCACCAGGUUCUUCAAGUCCAGAGGAUCAGCACACUGAUGCUCUGCCCUCGAAGAGGGAGGAAAAGGCGGCGAAAGCACACAAGGGGCCUCUUGACCGGUCCCGAAAGCCAAAAGAGAAGAAGACCGAGCUCCAAGUUCAAGGCCAGACCAAGCCCGGCCCUGGCCCUGGCCAGCCUCCCAAGGAGAGCAAGCCGAAAGCGCAGCCGAAAGCGCGGACGAGUCCAAGCAAUCGCGACAGACCCGUGCCCGCCGCGGGGAGGCAGGGCGCUGCGCGCGCGGCGCGCCCCUCGUCUGUUCCGUGCGGAGGUGCCGAGUCAAAGCGGAAGCCGGGCGGAGUUUCCGAAGAGGGUCAGGCCAGCCGAGGCCGGGUUCUGAAACCGAAGAGGACCCAGCUUCCUCGAGGGGAGCUGGCAUGA